AUGAGUGACGAAGAUAAACUCGAUUCAUCAUUAAGUUUACUUCGUAGAUUAGACCCAAGAGUAAUUGAAUCAAAUUUAACUAAUAUAUGUACAUUACUUGGCUCAGAUGAUUCAGUAGUUGAAGAAUUAUUGUCAUCAGUUGAUGUACCAUUAAAAAUUCAAACUUGUAAACAAAGUGGUAAAGAUUAUUUAUGUUGUGAUUAUAAUAGAGAUGCAGAUUCAUAUAGAUCACCAUGGUCAAAUAAAUAUUAUCCUGAAAUUGAAGAUAAUGAUGAAGAAUUACCACCUCCUUAUCCAUCAUCAAUUUUAAGACAAUUGGAAAUUAAAGCAAAUGAUUCAUUUGAUAUUUAUAGAGAUUUAUAUUAUGAAGGAUCAGGAGUAAGUAGUGUUUAUUUAUGGGACACUUCAGAAAAUGAAGAUUCAGGAUUAGACGAUGGUUUUGCUGGAGUUGUUUUAUUUAAAAAGGAAACUUCAGAUUCAUUAGGUAAAUGGGAUUCAAAUCAUGUAUUUGAAGUUAUACCAGAGUCAGAACAUAGAAUUUUAUAUAAAUUGACUACUUCAGUUAUAUUAGAUUUAAAUUCAAAUGAAAUGAAUUUAUCACUUUCUGGAAAUUUAAUAAGACAAUUGGAAACUUCUCAGUUAGUUGAAUUAAAUAAUGGUAUAAAUCUUGAAACUCAACAUUUAAUUAAUUUGGGUCAAUUGAUUGAAAAAUCAGAAUAUAAUAUUAGAAAUUUAUUACAAGAUGUUUAUUUUGAUAAAUUAAAAGAUAUAAUGUUGAAAGAUUUAAGAUCAAUUGGAGAUAUAAAGGAAAAAAAGUAUGAAGAUUCAAAACAAUCAGAAUUAAUAAAAGGUUUAAAUAGUGUAUAA